CCGACCUGCAAACGAUCGCGAGAUUUAGGCCACUGCGAGAAGAACGGGUCCAGGCAAGGCAUAGCAAUAUUCAUUUUUAGCAGCAGGAGCAGCAGCAACAAUAACAACAAGCAGCUUUGGAGCUGUUUGUCCCGUCAUGUAGGCAGGAGGAAAGAUGAAACGCAUGGUGCCAGCUUCACCCAAAGACACGGAUGGAGACACGGGACUGUGAUCUGCAGGAUGUGGCGGCGCUCCUGUCAUACAGGCAGACAUUGAAGAAGAGGCGGACCUCGUGACUCGUCUAACCUCCUCAGACUGCACGUUUCCUAGCUUCACCCUCGUUUGUAAAUUGGUUGACUGAUGUGGUGCAGGUGCCCCCACCACACUGAAGUAAUCUGACUGAUCAUUGAGCCCCUCAGCGCCUCACCCCUUUCAGGAGGAUGAACGGCUCUCUUUUAACCCCACCCAGUCCACGGGCGGCAAACUCCUCCCCUUUACCUCCAUCUCCCUCCCCCUCUCCUUCCCCACCCUCUCCUUCCUUGCUGCCCUUGUCCUCGCGCCCUCCCCCUCUCCCUCCGCUGAUGAGCCCGCCAUCCCAGGCCCAUCCGUCCUCGCUGUCGGACACGCCCACGCCAUCGCCCUCACCUUGCUUGAGCUGGACCGAAUUCUGUGAACUUCACGCCCGCGUUGCAGCCGGUGACUUUGCACGUCAUUUCCGGGCGUUUCUCUUAGAAAACCCGCACUACUCCGCAGACUCUGCCGCUGCCUUUUGCCGCCGCUUCACCGACCGCUUCGUUCGCCAUUUCCAGAGCGAGCUGGAGGGGGCUCUCCCGCCGAGCUGUUCCUCUGCACGGGACGAAAUGGUGAACUGGGCUCCACAGUCAGACGCUACGUCUCUGGAAGAGGAGGCGGUCUCGCCGCUGUCCGUGACUGGAGGAGCGGUCCCCCCGUGUCCUCCGACUAACAUGACGCGGGGCUCGAAGGCAGCACCGGCACGUCUUGUGCUGGAGAACCGUGGUGGGGACAGGUUUCAGGAUUCUUAUGCCCACGGCCAAGUCCUGCCUCCGUCAUCUUCGUCAUCGUGCUGCUCCUCAGUAGGAGGGAACAACGGGAAGCGUGAGGAGAGUCGGAGCGUGUUGGCUCCGGGGAACGGCGACGCGCCUGUGGAGGAAGAGGAGGACAGCUGGCUCGGGGCGGCUUCUGUCGGCGAAGAGCUAGAAGAGCGGGAAGCGGACUUGUCAGAGGUGGACAACGCAGACUCCCCCAACACUCCUCAGAAUCCACCCUCAGUCACUCCUCCGCCCGGCUCCAAGGCAAGCGGCACGCCUGGCUCCUCCAAAAACAAGCUGAAGAAGCGUUUCUCGCUGCGGAACGUGGGGCGCAGCGUGCGGGGCAGUGUGCGAGGCAUCCUGCACUGGCGCAGCUCCUCCAGCGACGCCACGCAGGCGCAGCUGCCCUCCAGCUACAGCUACACCAUGGGCGUACAGGACACCUCUAAGAGGACCUCUGGCACACAGCCUCCGACACCCACCUCAUCCAUGCCCGUUUCUCUGUCCAUGCCCCUCUCGCUUCCUCAUUCCUCCUCCUCCUCACUGCCCCCUUCGUCGUCAAGCAGCGCCACCUCCCUGUCGUUGUCAGAAGCUGCUCGGGAUCGGCGGCGGAGCAAUGGCGAAGGAGGCGAGAAGGAGAAGUGGAGCCAUCGUCUGGAGAAGCUCAGAUUGUCACGAUCCCCUCCUCCCAUCCUCACCUCGACCGUCUCCGGUUUGCACUCUGCGACGCUGCCUCCGAGCAGCGCCGCCGCCAUGGGUCCUCCGAGGAAGGUGGGCCGGCUGGUACGGGAGGGUGGGGUGAGCGUCAGCUCAUCCAGCGACGAGUGGAGCGGCAGCCACGGCUUCUCCGGCUUCUCCUUUGGUCUGCUGCAUCAUGGUACGGACAACAACCCUGCCUCGGCGCAGUCUCCUGGAGCCCAGCCGCCACCAGUGCAGUCUCUCGCCAGCGGGGGGAACGUGCCCUGGAGGGGAGGACGCUGGCACAAAUGUCGCCUGGUCCUCCGAGAGCGAGACAGAGAAGGUGGUGAGCGUGGAGAGGAGUACUACCUGGAGUUCUUCAUCCCACCCAAAUCAUCGAAGCCUCGGCUGACUGUCCCCUGUUGCUCCAUCGUGGAUGUGAGGAGCACCACGGCGCUCGAGGUCCCCGACAAGGAGAACACCUUCCUGCUGCAGCUGGAUGGGGCGACGCAGUACGUGAUCGAGACGCGAGAUGCCGUUCAGAUGAGGGCGUGGCUCAGUGACAUCAGGAACGGCGUCUGUCUCAGUGAACAGGAAGAUGCCGAGGGUGUGUGCGGGGGGCCGUUGGACAUCAGCGGGACGCCUGAGAUUGGUGACCGCCUUUCACAAGUAUGUUAUGGUGGGAUCGGCGGCUCCUCUCCUCUCAUGGAUCCUCUCCCGCCCGAGCUGCCACCUCGAGCGCCUCUCGACGAACCAGAUGGCCGGAUUCACGGAGGCGGCGGGGCUAGUCUCGGCACACCGUUUGCUGAGACACCAGACGCCACAGGGUCCUUCCUCUUCUCUGACGUGACGCCCGUUGAGGCGGUGGAACACCCGCUCAGCGAGUGUCAGUGGUUCCACGGCACGCUGUCCCGCCUCAAAGCCGCUCAGCUAGUGCUGGCUGGAGGCCCGGCGAGCCACGGUGUCUUUCUGGUCCGUCAAAGUGAAACACGGCGCGGAGAAUACGUCCUCACCUUCAACUUCCAGGGCAAAGCCAAGCACCUCCGCCUCUCGCUGAAUGAGGACGGUCAGUGUCGAGUGCAGCACCUGUGGUUCCAGUCCAUCUUCGACAUGCUCGAGCACUUCCGCGUGCACCCGAUCCCCCUGGAGUCCGGCGGUGCCUCCGACGUCACGCUCAUCAGCUUUGUGGGAGCUACCGCCAUUCGACAGCCAGACUUGACCAGCAGACCCCGUAGCCCUCCUCAGCCUCCUCCCCUGCCGCCGGGCCGCCCCGCCCCGACUCCACCCCAGGAGAGAGGAAAUGAAAUGGAGGCUGGAGGAGGAGGAGGAGGAGGAGGAGGAGCAGCAGCAGCAGCGGCGGCGGCGUCAGCAGUGGCAGUCGCAAUCACAGGAGGAGGAAGCGGAGGAAGUGGAGGCGGUAGCGGAGGCGGCGUGGAGGACUGGGAAGAGAGGGAGAGGGACACGCCUCUCCGCCAACUAGAAGCAGCGGACGGAGAAGAGAGGGAGGGAGCGAGGGUGCCCCGAGCCAUCGAUAACCAGUACUCCUUCUUCUGAUGGAGGAGGAGGCGUAUGUGUGUUUGAGUGUGCGUGAAAGUGGGAUUGGAUGAGGCGGCGUACAUCAUAGCCAUUCAUAACCAGUAUUUUAAUUUUGUUAGCGAGGGGGAGGAGUAAAAGUACUAACACUAUGUGAGAGAGAGACGGAGAGGCGGGUGAGCGCAGCUUUACGACACUAACGAGCGGUACAUUUCUUACUUUAUAGCCAGAUAAGCUUUGUGUUUUUAUUUCGCCGGUACGCCUCGCAGCAGGCUCAGGCUCGAGCCCUGUGACGCCAGCAGACCCGACGAUACCUCACAGCGGUCCUGUCAGGACGGCACACGCUAGCCAGAGGCCAAACAUACUACAGACAUUUCUACUUUGGCAGCCAGACCCGAAACAUCGCGGCCUCUUGCGUACACGGGCGGCGCCGCAGCAAACCGAACGUGACGGAAAUGUUGGAAAGAAACUUGGAGUUGAAUAAAAAUGCAGUUUCUGAAGCCGAGCUCGGCCAGGUAGCACUAACACACCAGUUUUAUAAACCCCACACUAACAUUUAAACUCCGCCCACACAACAUGUGACUGCUUGCAUUAAUACUACAGAUGAUGUUAACACUAAAGCCACUAUUUACGUUCACUGCUUCACUUUCACAGGUCUUUAGUUUAAAUGGUGGAAUCACGUUUAUCCUAACGUUCAUCCCAAAUAGUUUUUUUUUUUUUUUUUUUUUUUUUUUUUUUUUGUUUUUGUUUCUUUGUAGCGUUGUCAGGACGCCGAGGUGCACGUUGUCGUUUCACUGUGGCGCUCUCACUGAGCUGACGGUACGUUCCGUUCAGCUGCUGCUAUUAUUUAUUCUAGAAACGCCUUUAAAACAACACGAUGGUGACGUCUGCACCGGGAUGUUUGUUGGUCCGUGAUGAUCGGAUCCAAGGAAAAACACAAUGACUGAAUGUGAGAGGCCGCAGGCUGACGCCUUCAUGAGAGAUUUAGUUUCAUUAGUUCUUGAAGUGUAUGAGCAUAUUUUGGGCUUUAUUUUAUUUUCACUUUUGGACUUUGACACAAAUUGGUGCGUUAACUUUUUUUAAUUAUAUUAAACGUCUUUAUUGCCAGUGUGAGACUGUAACGAUACUCGCUGCUGUUGAACUGAGUCCACCAAUCAUCACCUUCAUCACAGGGGGGGGGCGGGCGAUGUUCGGUGAGCUGCUCGUCACUUCAGUUUGGCUUCAACCUUUAAAAUAACACGUCUAAGUUUAGUUUGACCUGUGGUGUCGGCAUCAUUCUUAAUGGACUCGUGAGCAUUAAAGUGGCUUUCUUUUAAUUUAGCUUAAAGUCAGACUUUCUUGACUCGCAUCUUUAAAAAAAACAUACUUUUCUUUUGUCUUAAACAGGGACAUUUUUAAGCGGAGUCUGAGUUCGUCAGCAUUAAAACAUCAGAUGUCAUCGGGGGCGUUUGGUUCGGCUCCUUGGCAUUAAAGUGUCAUGAAGAUUUUUUUUUUUUUUGUGUGUUUUUUUUUUUUUUUUUUUUUUUUUUUUUUUUUUUUUUUUUAAAAUUUAAAUGCAGUUUUUGAGAAUUUUAAUAAAAUUUUAAUAGAGCCAUAAAUUGGCACAUUUACAAAAUAAUUUAAUUACAUUUUAUUUAUAUAUCACCAAAUCACAACAGUCGCCUCACAGCACUUUAUAUUCAUGAGGUGACAAAUAAAAAUCAUAACGUUUUCCCUGCAGCGUCCAUCACGACUCUGUUUUAAGUUCUUAAAUGUGUCCAUGUCUGUAAAUCACAGGCCUGUUUAGCCAGCGCACUGACGUCUAUGGAAACUCUCAUUGUAACUUUAAUUUUUUUGAAUUGAAUCACAGCAGGAUUCCUUUAGAGCAGAGGGCUCAAACCCCUCGUCCAUCGUGCGCCACGUGGAGCCCACUGUGACUUUAAGUGGGCGGGGUCAGUGAGACUCUCCUGUCAGUGUAAGAAAGUGUAACCACGUAUAAAAAUCCCUGACAUAUGUUAAUGUAAGGAAAAAGCGCACAUUCAGCAGCAUGUCUGUUUCUCUACAUGUUACACUGAUGUUGUAGUAAUGAGAGAAAUCGGCGUGCACGUGUCGACGCUGAUGUCGUCAGUUCUGUAGCAGUUACUGAAGAAACGCGCCCCCCCCCCCCCCCAAUCAUGCUGCGCGAUCAGUCGUACUUUUGAGACAUGCGUCCUGAGCAGUAAAGUUUAUAUUUCUUUUAAAUAGAGUUUGGUUUGGCGCCGCCUGAGAGGAGGAGGCGGCGGUGGCGGGUCGGGUCUGGAUCAGGCAGGAAACAUUUACCUCAGUCACUCAGCAGCAUCACUCGGUGUAAAUGUCUCUCUCUCUUUCUCGCUUGCUUUUUCUCUCUGACACUCAAAGAAUCUGAUCUCAGAGCUGAUGAGUUCAGUACCAAUAAGAUGGAAAUAAUAAUACUGAUGAUGGUCAGAGUAAUAGUAUUACAUUUGUCUUUGUUUCAUAUGCUCAAUGUUACACUUGUUCCGACUCUUCUUGUGAUUCAGUUCAGAUGUUUGUGCCUUUUUACGUUUGGGGAUAAAAAGAAGGAAUGAUGACGAUAUAGGACUCGUUGUGCAGGUGGCGGUAUCCCUCGCCGUUUUCAAUCUGUCCCCUCCUCCGCCUCGUCCUGCAUCAUUAAAAUUAUAGCAGCAAAUGUCGAUGAAAUACUUUUUCUCCUUGUGCCUUUCUGUGUCGUCUCAUCGCCUCUGCCUGCAUCUGUCACUCGGUUCAUUUACUCAUGUCAUAGCCACCCAGUCUCGCUCUGCUUUCCUUUGCUCAUGCACUCGUCUGAUCAUCAUCGCCAUCAUCAUCAUGUUCUGUGUCCUUUUCUCAGUUUCAGAACUCUUUGUGCCUUUCUCUGUCUCUUUCUCUCUUUGCUGGGACCGUGUGUUGAAGCCGGACGGCGGUGUCUGUCUGGCCUGUGUGGUUAGUUUCAGGUACUACAUUGAAUUUAAUGAUAUAAUAUAAAUAUAGUGAAACGUA